CCCUAAGCAAGCGAGAGGGAAGAGGAGGAGGAGGGGUUGUGGGAGGUAAAGCAAGGCCGGGUGGGAAAAAGGCCUCUUCUCGCGAGAGCAGGCGAGGGCAGUGGCGGCGGCGGCGAGUGGAGUUUCGUGGGGGUGGGGAUAGCGGCGGCGGCGGCAGCGUCCGAGCUACGCCACACGGGCCGUGGCGCCGGGAGUCAGAGCGCCGAGCGGGGUCGUGGCGGCGGCGGUGGGAAGAGGGAGGCGGAGGAGGGGGUGUCAUGGCGGGGCAGCAGUUCCAGUACGAUGACAGCGGGAACACCUUCUUCUACUUUCUCACCUCCUUCGUGGGGCUUAUCGUGAUCCCGGCCACAUACUACCUCUGGCCCCGAGACCAGAAUGCCGAGCAAAUUCGAUUAAAGAAUAUCAGAAAAGUAUAUGGAAGAUGUAUGUGGUAUCGUUUACGGUUAUUAAAGCCCCAGCCAAAUAUUAUUCCUACAAUAAAGAAAGUAGCUCUGCUUGCAGGAUGGGCAUUAUUCUUAUUCCUUGUAUACAAAGUUUCCAAAACUGACCGAGAAUAUCAAGAAUACAAUCCUUAUGAAGUCUUAAAUUUGGAUCCUGGGGCAACAGUAGCAGAAAUUAAGAAACAGUAUCGUUUGUUGUCACUUAAAUAUCAUCCAGAUAAAGGUGGUGAUGAAGUUAUGUUCAUGAGGAUAGCAAAAGCUUAUGCUGCUUUAACUGAUGAAGAGUCCCGGAAAAAUUGGGAAGAGUUUGGCAAUCCAGAUGGACCUCAAGCCACAAGCUUUGGAAUUGCUUUACCAGCUUGGAUAGUUGACCAGAAAAAUUCAAUUUUGGUUUUGCUUGUGUAUGGAUUGGCAUUCAUGGUUAUCCUUCCAGUUGUUGUGGGUUCUUGGUGGUAUCGUUCAAUACGGUACAGUGGAGACCAGAUUCUUAUACGAACAACACAGAUUUAUACCUAUUUUGUUUAUAAAACCCGAAAUAUGGAUAUGAAACGUCUUAUCAUGGUUUUGGCUGGAGCCUCUGAAUUUGAUCCUCAAUACAAUAAAGAUGCCACAAGUAGACCAACAGAUAAUAUUCUAAUACCUCAGCUAAUCAGAGAAAUUGGCAGCAUUAAUUUAAAGAAGAAUGAGCCUCCACUCACCUGUCCAUAUAGCCUAAAGGCCAGAGUUCUUUUACUAUCUCAUCUUGCAAGAAUGAAAAUUCCUGAGACCCUUGAAGAAGAUCAGCAAUUUAUGUUAAAAAAGUGCCCUGCUCUACUUCAAGAAAUGGUUAAUGUAAUUUGCCAACUGAUAAUAAUGGCCCGAACACGUGAAGAAAGGGAGUUUCGUGCUCCAACUUUGGGAUCUCUAGAAAACUGCAUGAAGCUUUCCCAGAUGGCUGUACAAGGCCUUCAGCAGUUUAAAUCUCCCCUUCUGCAGCUCCCUCACAUUGAAGAGGACAAUCUUAGGAGGGUUUCCAAUCAUAAAAAGUACAAAAUUAAGACUAUUCAGGAUUUGGUGAGUUUAAAAGAAUCAGAUCGUAACAAUCUACUACACUUCCUUGAAGAUGAAAAAUAUGAAGAGGUUAUGGCUGUCCUUGGGAGUUUCCCUUAUGUUACCAUGGACAUAAAAUCACAGGUAUUGGAUGAUGAAGACAGCAACAACAUCACAGUAGGGUCCUUAGUUACAGUGUUGGUUAAAUUGACAAGGCAAACAAUGGCAGAAGUAUUUGAAAAGGAACAGUCUAUAUGCGCUGCAGAGGAACAGCCAGCAGAUGAUGGGCAGGCUGAUACUAACAAGAAUAGGACAAAAGGAGUAUGGCAACAGAAGAGUAAAGGACCCAAGAAAACUACUAAAUCAAAAAAAAAGAAACCUUUAAAAAAAAAACCUACACCUGUGCCCUUAACGCAGUUAAAGCAACAGAGACAAAAGCAGGCAAAUGGAGUCGUUGGGAGUGAAGCUGCAGUGAAAGAAGAUGAAGAAGAAGUUUCUGACAAAGGCAGUGAAUCUGAAGAAGAAGAAACCAAUAGAGACUCCCAAAGUGAAAAAGAUGAUGCCAGUGACAGAGACUCUGAUAGAGAACAAGAUGAAAAACAAAGCAAAGAUGAUGAAGCAGAAUGGCAAGAAUUACAACAAAGUAUACAGCGAAAGGAGAGAGCUCUUUUGGAAACCAAAUCAAAGAUAACCCAUCCUGUUUAUAGCCUUUACUUUCCUGAGGAAAAGCAAGAAUGGUGGUGGCUUUAUAUAGCAGAUAAGAAGGAACAGACGUUAAUAUCUAUGCCAUAUCAUGUGUGUACACUAAAAGAUACAGAGGAGGUAGAAUUGAAGUUUCCUGCACCAGGCAAGCCUGGAAAUUAUCAGUAUACAGUAUUUCUGAGAUCCGACUCCUAUAUGGGUUUGGAUCAGAUUAAACCACUGAAGUUGGAAGUUCAUGAGGCCAAGCCUGUGCCAGAAAAUCACCCACAAUGGGAUACAGCAAUAGAGGGAGAUGAAGACCAGGAAGACAGUGAGGGCUUUGAGGAUAGCUUUGAGGAAGAAGAGGAGGAAGAGGAAGACGAUGACUAAGCACUACUACAAAUGGACCACAAUAUUUACCAUUUUUUGCUCUUUUUUGGAAGUGUAUAAUAAACCAGAAAUAGUGCAGAACCGAGGGAGGUGUUCUUUUCUAGAAAUGGGUGCAUAAUAUAACUUGGCAAUGAUGGUCCCCUGGUUCAGUCUGGAAGUUGCUUAAGGCUUUUUAAAGCCUUUCAAGUAUGAGGUGGUGAGUGUUUCAUUUGCAAAUGAUAAUAAACCCUUUGUUGUAACUGU